CCGUUGUCAGGUGGUGCUGCUAUGGAAAGAUGUGAUCAGUUGUCCUAAGAAGGCUUUUCCCUCAAAACCCCUGUCGGUAAACGUGACAUUUCUCCAGUUCGCUUGAAACAAACCUCUUCGUGGUGGAGUGUAAAUGUCGGUGCACCCCUGCUGAACAUUUAAUCGGCCAGAAAUGAGUGGGAAUUAGUGUACGACAGAGGAUUCCCUCGGCGGUUUUGAUCUGCAGAAUGUCUAAACGCCGUGCUUCGGAACGAGGGGCCGGAGAGUCAUCCGGCAGACCCAGCAAGCUCCUUUGUCCUGGGAUAUCUGGCAACAACGCUAAGAGAGCUGGUCCCUUUGUUUUAGGUCCACGGCUGGGAAACUCUCCCGUGCAGAGUAUAGUGCAGUGUCUAGCCAGAAAGGAUGGGACGGAUGAUUUCUACCAGCUAAAAAUUCUCACCCUGGAAGAACGUGGAGACACAGCAGGAGAGACACAGGAAGAAAGGCAAGGGAAAAUGCUCCUGCAUACAGAGUAUUCUUUACUGUCACUGCUCUCCAACCAAGAAGGAGUGGUGCACCAUCACGGCCUCUUCCAGGACCGCUCCUGUGAGAUUGUCGAGGACAUGGAGGCCAACAAAGUGCGGAAGAUGAAGAGACGAAUCUGUCUGGUGCUUGACUGCCUCUGUGCCCACGACUUCAGCGACAAGACGGCCGACCUCAUCAACCUGCAGCAUUACGUCAUCAAAGAGAAGCGACUGAGCGAGCGCGAGGCCAUCGUUAUUUUCUAUGAUGUGGUGAGAGUGGUGGAGGCAUUGCAUAAGAAGAACAUCGUGCAUAGAGACUUGAAGCUUGGAAACAUGGUGCUUAAUAAAAGGACCCAUCGGAUCACCAUCACAAACUUUUGCCUUGGCAAGCAUUUGGUGAGUGAGGAAGAUCUGUUAAAGGACCAGCGAGGCAGUCCAGCCUACAUCAGCCCAGAUGUCCUGAGCGGUCGACCAUACCGCGGUAAACCCAGUGAUAUGUGGGCGCUCGGUGUGGUGCUGUUCACCAUGCUCUACGGCCAGUUCCCAUUCUAUGACAGUAUACCUCAAGAGCUCUUCCGCAAGAUCAAAGCAGCAGAGUACUCCAUCCCUGAGGAUGGGCGGGUAUCAGAAAGUACAGUGUGUUUGAUCAGGAAGCUUCUGGUGCUUGACCCCCAGCAGAGGCUCACUGCCACCGAGGUGCUCGAGUCUCUGAGCGCCAUCAUUGCAUCCUGGCAAUCUGUGUCCUCACUGAGUGGCCCUCUACAAGUGGUGCCGGACAUAGACGAUCAGCUUAACCACCCCGAACAUCUUCAGGAGGCGAAAGUGACAGAGGAGUCGUCUCAGUACGAAUUUGAAAACUACAUGAGGCAACAGCUCUUGUUGGCAGAAGAGAAAAACACUAUCCACGAGACCAAGAACUUCCUCAGCAAGAGGCAUUUCGGUAACGUGCCUCCGGUGAGGCGCCUUGGCUACGACGCUCAACCCAUCAGCCCUCUGGAUGCCGCUAUACUGGCCCAGCGCUUCCUCCGGAAUUAGCACCGUCAUUCUGCCUGCAGACGGGGGUCACAAGGAGUGGAGCGAGCCACGGAACUGGGCGCACUCUUUUAUGUACGUUUGCGUGUGAGAGUGUGUGUGUUUGUGAGCAUGCAGCGUGAGUCUGGCAGACACAAACUUGGGCCAAGGAACAGCUCAGCGCUCCGUUGCUCCAUUCAUCGGCCCAGGACACAGACUCUGGACACAGGUGUAAUGAGAUUCUGACCACCAACACCACAUCCACCAUGCCAAUCCUUGCCCAAAUCUGACACACACACACACACGCACACACUUUCAGCAAUACCCCAACAGAAUCAUGUAGCAGAUCACACAACUAUCCUUUUUCCAUCCGCCUCUCCCCCAGCACUUUCUACAGGAGCGCCUCGGAUCACAUGAUCAACCCUUUUGUUCUGUUCCCCUCAACCAGUUCGUCUGUUCUGCUCCCAUCUGUAUCUAUGAUUGCAAAUCUACCUCUUACCAUUUUUUUCUAUCUCUCUAUUUCCUCCUUUCUUAGUCAGUUUUUAACAACGCUCUCCGUUCUUAUGAAAGCAGGACUCAUUAUGUUGAGGAGAGACAAGCACAGGCUCAAGAUCAUUAGCAUUGUGGUUGUGUAACUAUUCUGUGUCAAAACCAGUGAUUGGUUUUUCCUCAAUCUAAAUAAGCUUCUCCCCUCCUCUCCUACUAAAACGGUAGCAUUUUAAGUUAGAUUAUUCUCUUUAUUUCCAUUGAAGAUGUUAAGUUUCACAAGUUAAAAAGCUAAAAACCUCAUAUUACUGAAAUCAUAGCAGCGCAUGUUUCUCCUUCCUCUAUUUGAAUGGGUUUCUGUUGGCAGCUAGCAUCUGUGUCUGGAUGCAUACAACCAAAAGCAUAACUUGGCAUCCAAACCGGCCAAUAUGGUACGUUAUUUUCCCAUCUUGCUUUUGUCCAAUCAGAAGGCAGCAGAAAGUGCAAGACCACCACUUCCUGUGCAUUCGACCAAAUGGAAAUUUACUUUUAAUCAUGUAAUAUGCCACUACAACGGACUUUUGAGAGCUGAGCUAGGUGGUACUUUUGUGGAUUUCGGUGUGUGCCACACAGGGACUCAUCGCAGGGCUGUGCUUGGAAAAAGACGAGGUACGGUACAGCUGGUGAUGGGAUGAAACCGUCAGGAAGCAGGGCGGCCAAGCCGGCAGUCAUAUGGAAGUCUAAGCCAAGAUAAGCCCCGUAAGCACAGCCCUUAAGCCCUCCUUUCCUUUUGUGUCCCUCCGUCUAGAGCGCUCACCCUCUGAUAGCAUGCCAAGCCAUCAAAGUGCAUCUUCUGCCAUGUCCUGUAUCUCCGGUGCUUUCGUUACCCACACAGAUUUCAGCUGCAGCUCAGGGAUCGAGGAUUGGCCACUAGGGAACGUUUCUGGCCACAAUGAUACAAAGAAACCCAUUGCAUAGGGGAUUGUUUCUUUUUGUUUUUCUUUUUAUUAUUUUUUUAACUGCUUCAUGAUCAUCAGGAAGGAAAUGCCAUGAAACCCACUCCUCUCCAUGUUUCUUGUUUGAGAAUAUUGCAAGGAAACCGAUUCUUAAUGUCAUUUGAUUUUUUUCAGUCCUGUUUUAAGCUACCCCAUGUGUAUAAAGCAUAACUGUGGGAUAUCUUGCCUUAGGUUAUCAACAACAGAUUUUCAACUCAACCGUGAGCAGUGAAUAUGUACUUCUGAUGCUAGAAUAUAUCUUAGUAUACUAGGCGGUUGGCUUGCAUCGACCUGUGGACCUGUGGCUUAGUUUGCAAUGCCUUUAUGUCUGGCUCCACUCAUGUCAUUAAAUGAAAAGGUCAUUCAGUACUGUAGAUCUCUGAGCUCAUGACUAGCAGCUUGGCUUGUCCUUUUAAUCUCCACUUUAAUUUCUUCUUUUGAAGACAUACAGCCUGGUAGUAUAUCCGUACCUUUCUGUUUUCCUUUUAAUUUAUUUGCUGUUUUUAAUUCAUCUGCCAUGGUAAAUGUAGAGAUCAUGUAUCACUCAAAAGCAUUGAUCUCAUGUUUUUUCCUUCUAUCUUCAGUGAAGGUUUUGUUUUAUUGUCUCUUUCCUUUUUUUAAAUUCUUGAAUAAUUAUUGCAACAAUCCUGUCGGUAUAUUAAGCUACACUAAUUAGGUGACUGACUUUGCAUAGCUCUAUUUUAAGUCAACUAAAUUAUCAUGCACAUUAGCAUGACAUGUAGAAUCGAUAUAGAAUGAUACCGCACUCUGGCCAGUGUGAAAGACAUUGUGAUGGAGGAUAGGCAUCAAUAGUGCAAAACACAGUGCAGGGUAUUAUUAUUCUGAAGAAUCGCACCAAUGUUUCCACACAAGCCACCAUUGAAAGCAUUAGUUUUUCCCACCUCAAUGUGAAUAUAUUUGGUUGUAAAGCAGUAUUGUAGUGGAUAAUAUGCGUGACUUGUUGGAGAGGGACUUUUUUGUGAGCAAAUCAAAGUCCUUUCCUUAUAUUCAAAAAGGAGUGCCUCAAGGCUAUAUCCUAGGUCUACGUAGAGUUCUCACAAAAGCCAUUAUAUCAUAGCAAAUUUGUACAGUUGCAAUAUGGCUGCUGUUGAUGUGGUUGUGUAGUCUGUACCCAAAAUCUAGAUGAAAGAAAUUAGUAAAUAUUUCUGUUUAAUAUGCCCCCUACGCAAGUGACUGCAAACUCCUCCGUCCCCCUUGCAUAGACAGUUCCGUGAUGUCCAAAAUUCUGUCUGCAGCAUGAGAAGUGUACGUUUUUUGAGCUCUGUAUACAAAUUUGAAGCAAUUAGUGCAUGAUUCUAAUUAGCAAGACGUGCCCAAGAUGCAGCAGAAAUUGUAGUGGAUGUGGGUGUAUUGCAAAUGAUGAAUACUCCAAAAAACACAAAGACACUGCAAGGGAAGAUACUGAACAUUAAGUUUAAUUUAGAUUUUCUUUUCUUUUUAGGCCACUUUGUGCAGAUGUUUCAUAAAUUGGGAGAUUUCUCUUUAGAAUUGUUACUUUUUUGCAUCUUUUACUAAAACUGGAAAAUCUAAAUCUGGUGUAAAACAAAACAUGAUGAAACUGGUCAAAAGCCUGAACGUUUAAUGUCAUAAGCUGCUUGGUUAGAAUGGUGUCAAAGAAAAAAAAAACUGGGUAAUUGUACAGAGGAAAAACUAAUUUGUAUAAAAGACAUAUUUUUGUACUUCAUCAAAUCUCUACAUGCAUGUCAGCAAUAAACUUUUUUGUCUCUUUG